AAAAAAAGAAAAAAAAAAAGAAAAGCCUUAUUUAUUAUCAUUUUCCCCACCGUUGGCAUGGCAACACAGGCGUACGUUACUGAGCUACAGGCAGCCCCGCAACCAUCCCAGCCGCCACAGGCCCCUCCACAGGCCCAGCCCCAGCCACCGCCACCACCACCCUCAGCAGCACCCCAGCCCCCCCAGCCCCCCGCCACCACCGCCACCCCCCAGCCCCAGUAUGUCACCGAGCUGCAGAGUCCGCAGCCUCAGGCACAGCCACCGGGCGGCCAGAAGCAGUACGUGACAGAGCUCCCGGCCACCCCCACGCCCUCGCAGCCGGCCGGCACACCCGCCCCAUCCCCGGCGUCCCAGCAGUACAUCGUGGUCACCGUCUCCGAAGGUGCCAUGCGGGCCAGCGAGACUGUGUCAGAGACCAGCCCGGGCUCCACGGCCAGCCAGACCGGAGUCCCCACUCAGGUGGUGCAGCAGGUGCAGGGCACCCAGCAGCGGCUGCUGGUCCAGACGAGCGUGCAGGCCAAGCCGGGCCACGUGUCACCCCUCCAGCUCACCAACAUCCCGGUGCCCCAACAGGCUCUCCCCACACAGCGUCUGGUGGUGCAGAGCACAGUCCCGGGCGGCAAGAGCGGCCAGGUCUCCCUGACGGUGCAUGGCACGCAGCAGGUGCACUCACCUCCUGAGCGGUCGCCAGUGCAGACCAAUAGCUCCUCCAGCAAGACGGCUGGGGCCCCCACGGGCACGGUGCCUCAGCAGCUGCAAGUCCACGGCGUCCAGCAGAGUGUCCCCGUCACCCAAGAGAGGUCCGUGGUCCAGGCCACUCCACAAGUGCCCAAAGCUGGCCCCGUGCAGCAGCUCACAGUGCAAGGGCUCCAGCCGGUCCACGUGGCUCAAGAGGUGCAGCAGCUCCAGCAGGUGCCAGUCCCACAUGUGUACUCCAGCCAAGUGCAGUAUGUGGAGGGCAGUGAUGCCAGCUACACGGCCAGCGCCAUCCGCUCCAGCACCUACCCCUACCCCGAGACGCCACUGUACACGCAGACGGCAGGCACCAGCUACUACGAGGCCGCGGGCACGGCUGCCCAGGUCAGCACACCUGCCACCUCCCAGGCGGUGGCCAGCAGUGGCUCUGUGCCCAUGUACGUGUCCGGCAGCCAGGUCGUCGCCAGCUCCACCAGCAGUGGGAGUGGGGCCAGCAACAGCAGCAGCGGCGGCAGUGGCGGCGGGGGAGGCGGUGGCGGGGGCGGUGGCAGUGGCAGCAGCAGUGGCAGCGGAGCGGGCACCUACGUGAUCCAAGGCGGCUACAUGCUGGGCAGUGCCAGCCAGUCCUACUCCCACACCACCCGUGCCUCACCAGCCACUGUCCAGUGGCUCCUGGACAACUAUGAGACAGCCGAGGGCGUGAGCCUGCCUCGGAGCACCCUCUACUGCCACUACCUGCUGCACUGCCAGGAGCAGAAGCUGGAGCCUGUCAACGCCGCCUCCUUCGGCAAGCUCAUCCGCUCUGUCUUCAUGGGCCUGCGCACCCGACGUCUCGGCACCAGGGGCAACUCCAAGUACCACUACUAUGGCCUGCGCAUCAAGGCCAGCUCACCCCUGCUGCGGCUGAUGGAGGACCAGCAGCACAUGGCCAUGCGGGGCCAACCCUUCUCGCAAAAACAGAGGCUCAAACCCAUCCAGAAGAUGGAGGGCAUGACCAACGGUGUGGCCGUGGGGCCACAGCAGGCCACUGGGCUGUCGGACAUCAGCGCCCAGGUCCAGCAGUACCAGCAGUUUCUGGAUGCCUCGAGGAGCCUCCCUGACUUCUCAGAGCUCGACCUCCAGGGCAAAGUGCUGCCCGAAGGCAUCGGGCCUGGGGACAUCAAGGCCUUCCAGGUCCUGUACCGGGAACACUGUGAGGCCAUCGUCGAUGUCAUGGUGAACCUGCAGUUCACCCUGGUGGAGACGCUGUGGAAAACCUUCUGGAGGUACAACCUGAGCCAGCCCAGCGAGGCACCGCCGCUGGCUGUGCAUGAUGAGGCCGAGAAGCGGCUGCCCAAGGCCAGCCUGGUGCUCCUCUCCAAGUUCGAGCCCGUGCUCCAGUGGACCAAGCACUGUGACAACGUGCUGUACCAGGGCCUGGUGGAGAUCCUCAUCCCCGAUGUGCUGCGGCCCAUCCCCAGUGCCUUGACCCAAGCGAUCCGGAACUUUGCCAAGAGCCUGGAGAGCUGGCUCACCCACGCCAUGGUGAACAUACCCGAGGAGAUGCUGCGGGUGAAGGUGGCAGCGGCCGGUGCCUUCGCGCAGACCCUGCGGCGCUACACGUCGCUCAACCACCUGGCGCAGGCGGCGCGCGCUGUGCUGCAGAACACCGCGCAGAUCAACCAGAUGCUGAGCGAUCUCAACCGCGUGGACUUCGCCAACGUGCAGGAGCAGGCCUCGUGGGUAUGCCGCUGCGAGGACCGCGUGGUGCAGCGGCUGGAGCAGGACUUCAAAGUGACUCUGCAGCAGCAGAACUCACUGGAGCAGUGGGCGGCCUGGCUGGACGGCGUCGUGAGCCAAGUGCUUAAGCCCUACCAGGGCAGCGCCGGCUUUCCCAAGGCCGCUAAGCUUUUCCUCCUCAAGUGGUCCUUCUACAGCUCCAUGGUGAUCCGGGACCUGACUCUGCGCAGCGCCGCCAGCUUCGGCUCCUUCCAUCUCAUACGGCUGCUCUACGAUGAGUACAUGUACUACCUGAUCGAGCAUCGCGUGGCCCAGGCCAAGGGCGAGACCCCCAUUGCCGUCAUGGGCGAGUUCGCCAACCUGGCCACCUCGCUGAACCCCCUGGACCCGGACAAAGACGAGGAGGAGGAAGAGGAGGAGGAAAGCGAGGACGAGCUGCCGCAGGACAUCUCGCUCGCGGCCGGUGGCGAGUCGCCCGCGCUGGGCCCCGAGGCUCUGGAGCCACCGGCCAAGCUGGCGCGGACAGACGCACGCGGCCUCUUCGUGCAGGCGCUGCCCUCCAGCUAAGCCCGUGGCCUCCCCCAUCCCCCCACACCACCCCCCGCCCCGCCCCGCCCCGCC